AAAAAAAAAAAAAAAAGCAUAAUACAUGAAAUACAGUGAAAAAUGCAUAAUACAUGAAAUACAGUGAAAAACAAUGCAUAAUACAUUAAAUACCAGGCUAGGAUGUAAAAAGAAUUCUAAUUAUGUAUCCAUGUCGCUCAGCCAAUUUCAGUGUGUAUCCUUCCAUCUGUCCUACAAAAUACUGCUCUCUAUCCAAUUGAUGAGCGUGUGCAGGAUUCUCUUUCAAACAGUAGCACAAAAAAAUUAGACUUUGUAACUUUGAACCUUUAAGGGUGUGUGUCAGUGUGACGCAGAAUUGGUAAGUUACAAGAAAUCCUUUUGGCUAACAUGCCAAUAGUUGAACACUACAGAAUGCCAUCCACUCCUGUGGAUUGUAUUUAUUGUUGAAUUUCUGUUGAAACCUGAUUUUUCUGUCCUCUCUAGUGUAAAGGAGCCAGAACUGAUACAUAUGUAUGUGGGACAAAGUGAGGAAAAUGUUAGUGAAAUGUUUGGAAAGGCCAAGGCAGCAGCACCUUGUAUUAUUUUCUUUGAUGAGCUGGACUCUCUUGCUCCCAACAGAGGUUGCAGUGGAGACUUGGGAGGAGUCAUGAACAGGUUUAAGGUGGAUUCAAGUGUCAGCCUCCAUGAUGUUACUGAGAGAUUCCCUCCUCAGUUGACGGGUGUAGAUAUGUACACACUCUGCGGAAGAUCAGGAUAGAUGAAGGUUUCCAUCACAGGAAACUAUUCAGCUUGAGACCCUGUUUCAAAGUUUUAAAACACUGUCAUUCAUUUGCUAACUGAAGGCUGUUUUGACCAGAAACAAACAAACAAGCUAAUUGCAGUAUAGAUCAGAGCCUAAAAAAUCAAACCAAGAGGGCUCCCGAGUGGCGCAUCCAGUAAAGGUACUCCUCGUGGAGUGCAGGAUGUGCCCUAUAGUCUGGACGUCGCGUGUUCGAGUCCAGGCCAUUCCUUUGCCGACCCAGGACAGAGGGAGGGAGGGUUAGGUCGGCCAGGGUGUCCUCAGCUCACCGUGCACCAGUGACAAUGACAAUGAAGUUAAUUUAUGAGGUGCAGCAGUAGCCAUUAUUAUAUGAUUGCAAAUUGAACGACUACAAAGACAUCCAGAAGAAAGACAAUGCCUGGGCGGCUUGCAGGUGGUGCAUUUAGCAGCACCGAGACAUUUUCUUUCCAAUUAUGCAAGUGGCAUAAAAAUAGGUUUAUUAAUAAGCAAAAAUAAAACGGAGCAUACAUGCAGUCUACAUAUCCAGCAUUUAAAUGAAAAAUGUGCACUUUUGCUGGCUUUAAAAAUGACACAAAAAAAGGUCCUGCAUGGUUUAUUAUAAUACAAUGAGUGUGAUUGUAAAUUAUUUACAUUUAGUUACAUUCAUUUCCCUGUAAUCACAAAGCUUUCAGUAUAGGAAUGUAUGUAUACAGUGUUCUGAGAAUUUGUUUUUGUAGAGAGAAUGGGUGUGAAUGGUACCAGCACAGUGCAGCAGAGUGGCUCGUUGUUCAAUGUAGCUAUUGAAACACAGCCUUUUCUGACUUCUCUUUUGUUAGCAAACCUUCAUGGACAUAAUAAUCUAUUGUAUUAGCAUCUUAUCUUCACUAAAAAAAUUAUGAUUACAUUCAAAAACGAGAAAAAGAAAGAAAAUACAAGAUUGUAAACAGAAUGUGACUGCCUUUAGCACACUGGUAGAUGACCUAUACAUCCUCCUGUUAAUGUAACAAGAUCAUCUGCUAUUUGUGGAGAAAAUGUUACAGUAGGUGUGGGAAUUUUUUUCUUAAUUGUUUUGGUAAA